GGAAACAUCUCUGCUCCGACACUCCAGCAAACACCCAGCAAACAUCCAGCAAACAUCCAGCAGGCAUUUCCAAAUCCUCUCAGGGACGCCAUGCUUCCAGCAUAAUGUCGGCCGAAGUUGCAAUUCAGAAGUUCUCCUUCCCCUUCUCCUGUGCCGUGCGCCUCGCUCAGCACGACGAUGUGACCCAGAAGGGCUGUGUGCAGGUGAAGGCCCUGGAGCUUCAUGACCUCCAGGAGAAUCCCAUGAUAAGCGAAGCCAGCAAACCCGAUCCGGUUAUAGGAGCCGUGGCUCAUAAAAAAAAUCAAGGCCCCGAGUGUCCAGUGCCCCCUCCGCCCGGGGGAGUCGUGGCAGCUGCCCAGGACACGUCGCAGGGCGCUGCUGUGCUUUCCAGGCGAAGCGUAUUUGAGAAACUGGUGGUGGAGAGCGAGGAUCAACGCCCGGCGGCCAAGAGACAGCUGUCGUGCGAGAGCGCGGCCAAGACCAUCAGUGUGGUGAAAAAGAGUGCAGUGAGGAAGGAGGCGGAGGAGCAGAAAUACCUGAAAGUGAAGGCACACAUGGGACAGAGGGUGACGUCGUGUGCCGUGGCAGCAAGGAAGAGGAAGCGUCGGAAGGAUCUGUUCAGCAGCACUGAGGUGUUCCUCAGGGUGGACACUCACGCUAUCAGGGCGGGAGUAGAGUUGAAGGAGAAGUGUGUGUACGAUGUGAAGACAAUCGUACAGAGUAUCACACAAGGAGCCAGGAAUGAGCUGGAGAGGCUUCGUGCCAUUUGGGUCUGGCUGUGCCACAACAUUGAGUACGACGUGAACGGGUACCUCGGCCGCUCAGAGAAGUUGAGCUCACCGGAGGAAGUGAUCGCGGCCGGUCGAGGCGUGUGCUGCGGCUACUCCAGCCUCUGUACAGAAAUGUGCAGAGAAGUGGGCAUUGAGUGCCAGGAAGUGCCAGGCCACAGUAAGGGCAUCGGGUACUGUCAGGGCCAGAGCCUCAAGAAUGUGAAAUCCGAUCACCUGUGGAACGCUGCGCUUCUGGGUGGACAGUGGUUCCUGCUGGACGCCUGUUGGGGGGCAGGACGAGUAGAUAUGGAACAUGAAAGUUUCGUCAAAAGGUUCGAUGAUUUCUAUUUCCUAACGGAUCCAGAGGAAUUUAUCGAGUCGCACUUCCCCGACGAGGAGAAAUGGCAGCUCUUGGACACACCUAUCCCCCUGGAGGAGUUUGAGAGGAGAGUCUUCAAGACGUCAGCCUUUUUCACCAUGGGGCUGAGGCUGAUUCAGCCUCAUCACUUUCACCUUGUCACAGAUGAAGGUGAGGCGAGCGUGUCCCUCGGCUUCUCCAGAACCACCACCUUCACCUAUGAGAUCACCCAGCACCAGGACCUACUCCACUGUGGAGCCUCGGAGCAGAAAGAAUCCAACAAUUCUUCUUCAGGCUUCCUCACAGUUUCCCAUCGCAGCAUGAAACUGCAGCUCCUGCCACCUGCAAGCGGCACAUAUGACGUUAAGGUGUUUGCCAGACCUGAAGCAGCUGUCACUCCUCUGGUCUGGGUCUGCUCCUUCACGGUGGAGUGUCCAAAUCCCCGCGCCAUGGAGGAGAUCCCAGAGAAUCCCUAUUUGUCUUGGGGUCUGCAGCCUGUGGCAGUAUCUUUGGGCCUCACAAGCAGCAGCCAGGGCAGCGAGGUUGUUGAGGUGGAGGACGGCGUCUUUGAGUUACUGUUGAAAACGUCUAGGCCACUGAUGGUGCUGUGUGAACUGGUCCACCCAGAGCUGGACGCCGCAGUCGCCAGGCGCUGUCUGGCUACUCAGAUCCAACGGGACGUUUUGACCUGCCACAUUCUGUGCCCCUUCCGUGGCUUUUACCGACUGUCGGUGUUUGUGCGGGACUAUGAAAAAACAGAUGUCAAGUUCCAGAAUGCUGCAAACAUCCUGUUGCACUGCAAGGGAAAGGUGGUCGGACUCGACGACCUCUUUCCUCCUAACCUGGGGUCGGCGUGCGGCCCGGGGACUCGCACGUCUGAGGCAGGGCUGUCUAAGUUCAGCCAUACAGUGGCGGUAGUGAGCAUGCAGCAAGGAAAGUGUAACAUCACCUUCCACAAUCAGCGGGACCUUGAGCUUCACACUGUGCUCAGCAGAGAGGAGAAGAAAACACCAGCUAUUCCGCUUUCUCGACAUCUCUUCUGCACGUACACAGACAGCAAGGUGACAGUGAGCACUAGCCUUCCUGGCGCUGGGGUGUAUCGGCUGGGCCUGUACGCCAGGAUGGCCCCCGGUGGAGAUUUCAACCCCAUGUGUGACUUUGUUCUGAGGAACAGCUGCGAUCAGCCGGGGCCUCCGUUCCCCUGCGUCUACUCGGCCUGGAGGAAAGGCUGCGUGCUCUUUGAGCCUCGUGUGGGCCUGCUGGAGCCCGACUCCUGGGUCCGCUUCAGGGUGCGAGUCCCUGGGGCGCAGAGGGUGAGCGUGGUGGGGGAGACGCGGACUGAACUGAAACUGAACAAGAGCAGAGUCUGGGAGGCCGAUGUUUUCAGCGGGAACAGUGUCCAGCAACUGAAACUGGCCGCGUCCUCGGGGGAGUCCAGUGACAUGGCCGUUUUGAUGGCCUUUGAUAUUAAGCAGACGGAAAGAGAAGAGUGAAAACCAGAUGGUCAGUUCCGUGAAUGUAGCUGUUCACUGCCUCAUCGUGUUAUGGACACAUAUUACGACGACAUCCACACUAAUCCAUUUGUGUUUAAAAAUAAAAUCACCCACACGACUGCAACCUUUUCGAGUGGAACUAUCGGCUAUGAGCUAAAACUUGUCAGCGCUUACUUUCAGUUUCACCUCAUCUCUCACUGACAGAAUUUCUUUUUCUUCUUCUGCUUCCUGUUUAAAUGGUCAUGCGAUAUACCAGUAAUUCCCAAAAUGUGGGCCACAACCCCCCUGGUGGGCAAUUAAAAUGAAUUAAACUUAAUAUUUUCUGGAUAGAAGUGAAAUGAGCUUUCCACAUUUUACAGUAUAGAUGUGCAAAGGGCAAACACUUUAUGACAUAAGCAACAUAUAUGUUUUUUUAGGGCUACAGAAGAUUUUCAGACAUGACUGUGGACACAGAUUACUUUUGACACGUCUGAUGAUCACUGUUCAAAUCAUGCAGUAGCAUGGAUGUAAAGCUAAGGAUGUCAAUAACUCAAAACUGUGAGCCACAGACUUUCAGGUGUAAAUGAAUCAUUAAUGGCUGCGUCUCACUUCAGGGUGGGGCUGCAUUUGAAGGCUUAAUGAGACUCUGCUGUUUGUAAAGGCUCCUCAGAACAUGACCUAGCAACAGAAGAUCCAGUGAAUGCUUUCAAAGGCGGUAACAGAAGAGACCAGCCGCUUCCUCUAAAAGAGUCAGACCCUGAAUUGAGACAAGAGGUGCUUCUCAGUCGAGGUGGGUGUUCCGCCAAAGGACUGGUUCAAUGUUCUUCAAAGACGUCCUUAGUAGAUUUGAUGGACGCAACUGGAAGUUCACCAACACUACCUGCUACCUGGCACCUACUGGAAAAUACUAGCUGUCAGUCACACUGGUGUCCACUCGUAUGUGCGCCGCCCAUUUGCCUCUAACUGGGAACACGAUUUACAAAACUGACAUCGGAAGGAGACCCAGGCUAUGCUGGAGGGAUUAUAUCUCUCGGCUGGCCUGGGAACACCUUGGGAUUCCCCCCGGAAGAGCUGGUGGAAGUGCCUGCCCUGCGACCCAGACCCCGAUAAGUGGAAGACGACGACAACGUCAUCGUGAAUCAAUGAGAAGUAGAAGCUAAUUUUUUAUCCAUUCAAAUUGAGUUCUUUUUGUUGCCCCCUGGUGGCUGACUGCUAUUUCCUGGGCUUCGACUUUGAGAAGCACCUACAACUAACACUGCCAGUCAGAAUAAGACUAUGUAAAUUAAUAUUGAUUCUGUGAAUGUGUGAAACUCUGCGAUACGAACGCAACUUGGCAUUUGUUAGGGGAAUUUUAAAAAUGUAUUAUUUAAUGUAGGUAGAAUUCAGUGUAAAAACAUUUUAAAAAAUGACAAUGGUGCUGUGCUUUGGUGCUAAGCCUUGAUCGGAUGCAUUUGUGCUUUAUUAUAAUUAUUCAUAAAAUGUUGUGAGCGUGUAAAUAUGUCUAUUAUGAGAUGAUGGUUGUGAAGGGUGUGCAAUAAAAAAACACUAUCAAUAUC